UGUGUCCGGAGGAGGGGUGGUGCCCUCGAGGAAGGUCCCAGCCGGCUUCAGCCUUUGGCUUGGAAAGCCGGUCGGCGCCUUGUGGUGGGACCCACCCCCGAGUGUGAAAUGUCUCCCGCAUCGCGUGUUGUAGACGGGGGGCCUUGCAUUUAUUUAUCCUCGUCAUGUUGGGUCUCUGGGAAGGAGCUUCGUUCACACAGGCGUCUGUCUGAUCACUGACUGUAGUCAGUGGACUCAUCAUGUUCUUAUUGUUCUUCUCAGAGCUUCAGUACUAUCUUACAAAGGAGGUUCAUCCAGAAUUAUAUGUUGACAAAUCACGGGGAGACAAGCUACGGAUAAACAUAGAUGUUAUAUUUCCACAUAUGCCCUGUGCUUAUCUGAGCAUUGAUGCAAUGGAUGUGGCUGGAGAGCAACAGCUAGAUGUGGAGCACAAUCUUUUCAAGCAACGCUUGGAUAAAGAUGGCAAGCAUGUGACACCAGAAGCAGAGAGACAUGAGUUGGGAAAAGAAGAAGAAACAAUAUUUGAUCCCAACUCUUUAGAUCCUAAUCGCUGUGAGAGCUGCUAUGGAGCAGAGUCUGAGGACAUCAAGUGCUGUAAUACAUGUGAUGAUGUGAGAGAAGCCUAUAGGAGGCGAGGCUGGGCUUUCAAGAACCCAGACACCAUAGAACAAUGCAAGAGAGAAGGGUUUAGCCAGAAAAUGCAGGAACAGAAAAAUGAGGGGUGCAAAGUAUAUGGUUUCCUGGAGGUCAACAAAGUAGCUGGCAAUUUCCACUUUGCACCAGGAAAAAGCUUUCAACAGUCUCAUGUUCAUGUGCACGCUGUUGAGAUUCAUGACCUCCAGAGCUUUGGACUUGACAAUAUAAAUAUGACCCAUAUUAUCAAGCACCUUUCCUUUGGGAGGGAUUAUCCUGGUAUUGUGAAUCCUCUUGAUGGUACAGUUGUCACUGCACACCAAGCUUCCAUGAUGUUCCAGUACUUUGUAAAAGUGGUCCCUACAGUGUAUAUGAAGGUUGAUGGUGAGGUGGUGAGGACAAAUCAGUUUUCAGUAACAAGGCAUGAGAAAAUAGCUAAUGGGCUAAUUGGAGACCAGGGUCUACCUGGUGUAUUUGUGUUGUAUGAGCUUUCUCCAAUGAUGGUGAAACUAACAGAAAAACACAGGUCCUUUACACAUUUUCUCACAGGAGUAUGUGCCAUUAUUGGAGGAGUAUUUACAGUUGCAGGACUCAUUGACUCUUUAAUCUAUCAUUCUGCUCGGGCUAUUCAGAAGAAAAUAGAGCUUGGGAAAACAACGUAAAUUAAUAGCCGUAUUCCCCAUGAAGAAACAUGAAGGAAUUGAAAACAGCAAUGUCGAUGUCUGAUAGUGUGCCAAGAGAAGAGGCUUGGAAGGGUCAAGCAACACUGACAAUAAUUCCUUUCUGAAGACUAGGGAAAGAGGGCAUUAAAUUAAGUAUCCAUCUUUUGUGGCAGUUUAAGCAGUUCUGUAGAACAUAGAUUUCAGCACCUGUCUUAUCUGUUGGCAUAUCUCUCAACUUUUGGAUUCUGAAGAGCAGUGACCUCCGGAAUAUGGCGUACAAGACCUUUUACAUGUGGAAAGCUAAUAUUUUAUAUUUAAUUUGUACCCAGUGAUACCCCUAUGAUGUGUGAUUGAAGCAGUUUCUCAGGAAAAAGUUUUAAUAAAGUCAGUCAAUAUUUGUGAUUUU